AUGCCCUCCUUUGAGCAGCGCUUUCAGAUGAAUCCAUCCAUUGGGAAAUCUACAAAGGUACUGAUCACCAACGACCCGAACGUCGGAUUCCCCAAAUGGUUCGGAAACAGGGGGAAUCACCUCGCUGUGCUGAUGCUUGGAUGGGCCUAUGCCUUGUCUGCGCGUUGGACCGUCAUCAUUCCCCGCGCGGCCCCGAUCGAGUAUACCGGCAUUCAGGCCAGGUGGGCAGGCGACCAGUCCCAUGCAUCGGAGGACACAACAACCAUUGUUGUGGAACUGCGUGUCGUGAAUGACGACGCCGCGCGCUGGUGGGCCGCGGUUCUCGCCCCCGGGGCAGGCUGGAAAGCCUCGAUCCCCCACGAACGCUACCAACUUUUGUCGCCCUGGACCGUGACGUUGGAGUCGAUGCCUGCCAUGCUUCUAUCUGGCACCUCAAAAAACGCAGCCCAUUCUUCGCGAUUCCCUCCGUCUUUCGAGGCUGCUGUGCGUUACAUCGAAGAAUAUUCGGCCCUUCAUUCGGCCAAGGAUCAGAAUCGCGCAGCUCUGGCAGCGGCCCUUCUCCUUCCUUUGGCCAAUCUCGACUGCAGAAGGGUCUCGCUUCCGCCGCCCCAGAUGUGUUAUGGGGGAGCCUCGAGCAUGGCCUCGCCGAUUCCGAUCUGGGGUCAAGAUCUUCGGCAACUGGAUAGGCUGCUAACGCUCAGCUGCAACUCUUGGGGUAUGAAGUCCAUUCUGGGCAGUCUCUUCUACGAACCUGAAAUACCAUGCAAUGUAUGUGGAGCAUGGUUACAAGGCACAAUUGCCGUUCUGCAGUCCGAGUACGCCCAGGACCUUCAUAUACUUGCCUGCAUGUUCUUUAUUCGAGGCCCCCGUCUCAGCUUCCUCUGGCUCGGGGCCAUGAUUACCGGUGCCCACAAGAGCUUUUUGAGGAAUCUUCAUGGGCUCCUCGGCCUUAACCGAAUUGACCUCCACGAGGCAGCUUGGACAGGAACUGUCCUGUCAUUCAUUCAGGAGCCAGUCUCUUACCUCCCCAACGAGACAAACUCUAUCACUCGUGCUGAUGAAUGCAGAUUGGAGUACCUCUGUCAAGGCGCCUACAAGGAGAGAUCUCCUCCAAUCUACCCAUACCCUCCACCGGGCGCAACAGCCAUCGAGGAUUUGAACCUUGAUGUCCGAACUCAUGCGCUGUGCCCAGGCAAGCAUGGGCUAAGGUUCUCAAAGAUCAGAUGGACUUGCGUUGGCGGAAGAAAUGAAAUCCAAGAAGCAGAGAACAUUUGCACCUUAUCCCGCGACACGACAAACCUACCUUGGCCAGAUACAGGCGAAGCUGCAUUUGUGCCUGAUUGCCAUCGAUUGCAUCCAAGAAUGGACCUUUCUGACAUGGUCACGCGCAAUGUCUUCAUGUGGAUGCGAGAGAUCGACGGCUUUCCCAUCGCAGAGCGAGCCAUCUACCACCAUGAAUGGCUGGACGGCCUCCACCGUGACCCUCACUGCACCGUCGACGCGUGUAGAGCCAAGGACCAGGAAUGGAGCAAGGCCGAAGUCGGAGAGAUCCGACAGGUCAUUGAAACGAGAUGGGUUUGA